AACAAACCUGGAUUUGGAACUGGACCGGGGGACCCCAACAUGCCCAGUGAAAUACACUCUGAGGCUUUUGUGGAGGCAUCAUUCACCCCUGGCCUCAGGGUCCCGAAAGCUCUCUCUGCCGAUGGGCUGAUUGACAGCGCCCCAGCAGAUGACUCCGCCUGGCCCAGCUUUGCGGCUCUCAGACACUUUUUCCACCAGACUCUGGAGCGCUUCCACGCUUACGUGGGAGAACUUGUUAACGAACCUGGAUUUAGAACUGGACCGGGGGACCCCAACAUGCCCAGUGAAAUGCACUCUGAGGCUUUUGUGGAGGCAUCAUUCACCCCUGGCCUCAGGCUCCCGAAAGCUCUCUCUGCCGAUGGGCUGAUUGACAGCGCCCCAGCAGAUGACUCCGCCUGGCCCAGCUUUGCGGCUCUCAGACACUUUUUCCACCAGACUCUGGAGCGCUUCCACGCUUACGUGGGAGAACUUGUUAACAAACCUGGAUUUAGAACUGGACCGGGGGACCCCAACAUGCCCAGUGAAAUACACUCUGAGGCUUUUGUGGAGGCAUCAUUCACCCCUGGCCUCAGGGUCCCGAAAGCUCUCUCUGCCGAUGGGCUGAUUGACAGCGCCCCAGCAGAUGACUCCGCCUGGCCCAGCUUUGCGGCUCUCAGACACUUUUUCCACCAGACUCUGGAGCGCUUCCACGCUUACGUGGGAGAACUUGUUACCAAACCUGGAUUUAGAACUGGCCCGGGGGACCCCAACAUGCCCAGUGAAAUACACUCUGAGGCUUUUGUGGAGGCAUCAUUCACCCCUGGCCUCAGGGUCCCGAAACCUCUCUCUGCCGAUGGGCUGAUUGACAGCGCCCCAGCAGAUGACUCCGCCUGGCCCAGCUUUGCGGCUCUCAGACACUUUUUCCACCAGACUCUGGAGCGCUUCCACGCUUACGUGGGAGAACUUGUUAACAAACCUGGAUUUAGAACUGGACCGGGGGACCCCAACAGACCCAGUAAAAUAUACUCUGAGGCUUUUGUGGAGCUGAUUGGCAGCUUGCCAGAAGAAGUUCAGCCAAACACCACCCUCCAUGAGUGGAACUGCAGGAUAUUGACCAUCAUAGCCACCGUGGAAGCUGUCCUGAUAAUUGGCACUGUCUUCGUCUUACGAUGCAUCGUAAAAUCUGCAUUUAUUCACACUGAAGAGGAAAAAGACCAGGUCAAUAAGAAACUGCUGAAGGAGCAGAAACAGACUCACGCUGUGGAAGGAAAAGCCAUGGUCCUUCUGCGUGAACUGAAGGUCUAUGAACGUGAGUGGGCAUACCAGGAAAUACUGUUCAAGGAGAUCAAGAAUAACCUGAAGAUUAUUGACAGGAAGUACAAGGAGAGAGAGGCUUCUCUUUUUCAGAAGCAGGUUAAGAAACAUGAGGAUGCCAAAAGAAUGCGGGCACGGGAAGGUUUAAAGGAUUGCAAGGACAAGAAGGAAGAAAAAAAUGAAACAAGCUUGCUUAAGGUCACCUUUCAGGAUGAAUUUCUGUCGUGCCAGAUUAAAGAGGCAGAGAACAUUCGCAGCCUGCUGGAUGAGGUGAAAAUGGGGCUGGAGAAAAUGCGCGGACCAAUCUUUGACUGCAGCGCGGGAUGCUCCGACAGUCAGUUUCCCCCUCCCGGGACAGACACUUGCAGCACACAGACUCUGUGCAGUGAUUCGUCAGAACUCUCCUAGCAAAGCUGUGCCAGGCUCCUCGCCAAUCAAAACUCAGCUUACAAUACAUACAUUA